AUGGAACAAAAAAAGGGAAAAACUCCCUCUCCCUUCUCUGCAGGGUAUAAUGUAGACAGUUGUAAGAAGGCAGGUGACACACCACAAGCGAAGAAGGAAGGGUUGAAUGAGGAUGGAAAUGAAUCAUUAGACAAAAAAAUUCAAACUUCCUUCUCAGAGAAACAGACUGCAGAAGAGAAGUAUUCAGAGAAGGAUGAGCUGCCGAGCGAAAGUAUCCACAGAAGACAACAGAACAUCAGCUCUGCCCAGUCUGUGCAUGAUACUGUCAGACAUCAAUCUCAACGGUCAUCUGGCCCCUCAUACAACCAGCUGUUCAACCGCCUGAGCCCUGUCUACAGCAGCAAAACACAAGGACCCCUGUUUGACAUCAAAUGUCUGCAGCAGUCUGUGUGUCGGCUUCAUCUCCCACACUGUGAGAUCCGCUCCACAGGUGGAGGUGAGUUCUUGUCAGUCGCUCAUGUGAACGACGAGGGCAUCGAGUUUAUCGGCCCUCAGAAGAUCACAGAAACUCACGUUGUUAUAAACAUCACAGGGUUUUCUGGUUUCGGUAAUGUCAAGGAUGAAGACUCGCCGGCUGACCCGGUCCGAGCGCUGGUUCUGCUGUUCUACAGGCCCCCGGCUGAUCCCGACGCUGAAUCCCUCCUCAACGUGUUGCUGCUACCGAGGAACGUGGUGCUCCGGGAUGUGCUGCGCACCAGGAAGAAAUUAGUUGGAGAUGAGAGCUACAUAGAGACGUCCCCACACUGUAAACUGCAGCCAAAGCAGGAAUACACACUGUCCACUUGUCCUGCAGAGGACUCAGUUCUAGUUCAACCAACAGAAGCAGAGUUUGACUGCGACAACUACGAUAACUACUUCCCAUCAUUCCAGGUGAUUUUAGAAACAAUGAGGAAACACGUGAAGCUGUUUCUGAGAGACACCAACAGCUCCCACAGUGUCUGGGAAAGACGAGUUUGUCUCACUGGAGUAAAAAGGUCCUGUGGGCCGAGCGCUCUGAAUCUCUCUUCAGAUAAGAGGCUGUUGGACAUACGGAGCAGCUUCAUCGAGGGGAUAUCAGGACCGGUUCUCACAAGUCUGCUGGACAAACUGUUUGAGAAAACGGUGAUAGCCGAAGCUGAGAGGGAGUCAGCGGACGAGAUGCAGAACAGAAGAGACAAAGCUCGUUUUGUUAUCGACUCAGUGAGGAAGAAAGGUGAAGCUGCUAGUUCAGAGAUGAUUGAGUUCCUCUGUGAGGCCGACCCCUUCCUCUGUGAACAUCUCGGCUUGAUCUGAAGACAAAUCAACAGGUGAUGCAGAACAUGUUGACCUGGU